CCACCAUCCACCACAAUAUUGAUCGGUGUGCCUCGUACGGUCAAUAUUAUGGCCCAGUCUGAACACUCAGUUACAGUCUUAGGGAAACGAAAAACUCGGGACUCUCUCGUUCUACAUCUUUCGGCGACUUCAGAUACCGCCUCAGACUCGGAAUAUGCACCAAGUGCUUCGCCUGUCUUGGACACCGGAAAACCUAUUGCUGGACCUUCGAGAACUCGUGUCCCGAAUCUGGUCAAUGGGAAUUUUGUUCCACCUGGAACAGAAAGGCGGUAUCAAUGUACUUUCGACGGAUGCGGGAAGGCGUAUAGCAAGCCGUCGAGGCUGGAGGAGCACGAGCGGUCGCAUACGGGCCAGCGUCCAUUCGUCUGCUCAACUUGCCACAAAUCUUACCUCCGCGACUCACAUCUUCAAGCCCACGCACGCUCACAUCAACCACAAUCCGAACGUCCCAUUGCGUGUCCCGAAUCCGGAUGCAAUAAACGGUUCUGGACCUCACAACACCUCAAAAAUCACGCGAAUGUGAUACAUAAAGGAGAGAAACCGUGGAAGUGCACCGAACUCCGCUGUGAUGCCGCUUUCGUGAAGCAUGGCCAACUAAGAGCUCAUCUCGCCGAGAUUCAUGCACCUCCGGGGACGCAGCCCCACCAAUGCGAAUAUGAAGGAUGCACGAAAUCCUUUCCCACGAAUCAAAAGCUCCGUGCACACAGCAAGGUGCAUGAUGAUAAACGUUAUACGUGUGUUCAAGGCACCUGCCUCGCCUCCCGGACUCCUACAUACUACCCCACCUGGUCCGCUCUCCAACACCAUAUCAGGACUGCACAUGCGCCGACCUGUCCUCACGCAACCUGCAACGGCAAGACCUUCACUACUCAGAGCGGACUCCGAGGGCAUCUAAAGCUUCAUGAAGAGAGGGAGAUGGAAGGUGCCGUCGAUGCGGUGGCUACGAGAAAAUCAGACGCAGAAGAGGACGGAGAGGGUGAUGGCGACGAUGAGCGUCCAACGAAAAGGAGGAGAGGAGGAGAGGUCGGAAGGGAUUGGAAGUGUGAGGAGGAAGGAUGUAUAAAGGACUUCAAAUCCAAAAAGGCUCUCAAAACCCACCACGCCAUAACUCAUCUCGGCCGCCGUGAUUUCGUCUGUGAACGAGAUGGUUGCGGUGAAACGUUUGGUUAUAAGCAUCUUUUACAGCGACAUUCAGCGCGCGUGCAUGGUGAAGUUGAACACGACGGAGACGGAGAGGUCGAUAUGGAUGGUGAUGCUGAUGCGGAAGGCGACGCGCCAAACCUGCAGCCUCGGCCCAGGCGCACGGCGAACAAGAAAGGUCGAAAGAAGGGGAUGAAGCGGACUGAGAUUGAGGCUGGUUCGAAGGGUAAUGUUGGGCUAGGCAUCGACACUAUAACCGGUCUCGCAUACGCGAACGCCGCAGCUUCCUCCUCCCGCUCCCUUCCUCCUCCCACCACCAACGCCCAGUCCGGCACCGCUCCAUCCACCGUCACACGUGACACCACCCCCCUCCGCCCGCUGCUCCUUCCUUGCCCCCACCCUGAUCUCACACCUUUCAACAUCCACAUCACUGAAACCCCAGAGACGGUCACCGCCAAACGGGCGGCUCAAAUCGCGGUGGGAGAGAUAGAGUGCGAGUAUGUGUUUGGGAGGGCGUAUGAUUUGAGGAGACAUUUGAGCGCCGUACAUGGGGUUGUUGUGGAAAAGGAUGUCUUGGAUGCGUGGGCUUUGGAGGUCAGGAAGGGGAGAUGGGUAAGGGCUAGAGGUGGAGGGGGUCAGAAGGAGAAAGGGUAGCGGUGAGAAGGGGAACGUGCGUGCGUGAGGGGGCUCUGUGUGGACGGGAGUUGGAAGUCG